AUGAGGCCCAAGCAAGCGAACGUGCUGAUGGCGCUCGUCGCCGUCUUGCUCUUCAGCUUCUCCUGCUUCUGCAUCUCCAGGAUGAGUCAAACUAGUAACCAAUUAACUAAUUGUAGAAACCAUAUUUUGGAGUUUAAGGAAAAAAUGCUACAUUUAAAAGACAAAACUGAACACACUCACCAAGAGCUGGUAAAAGCCUUGAAUAAAAUGAAGUAUGAAAUUAUAUCAGGAAACUUAGUUAAAACAGAAGUGGAUACACUGACUAAGAAUGAAACAUUAUCUAAUACAUUUGAAGACUUAAAGUUCUUUUUUCCUCAUCUAAGGAAAGCAAGCAGAACUUAUCCUAAUGUAAUCAUUGGCAAAGGGAAAACAGGCGCUUCUUUUGCACUGGGGAUUCCCACUGUUAACAGAGGAAAUCAUACUUACCUGAAGCAGACGUUGACCUCUCUUCUCUCCAGGAUGACUCUUUCAGAAGAGAAGGACUCUGUGGUGAUUGUCUCUGUUGCAGAUAGUAAUGAAGAUUAUUUAAAUUCUGUUGUUGACAUGAUUACAAAAAAAUUUAAAAGGCAAGUGAAGUCUGGAUCCUUAGAGGUCAUUUCAAUACCUGCUUUUUUUUAUCCAAACAUGUCACAUGCCAAGCAAUCAACUGAGUACUCAGGAAAAAUGGAGAGUUGGCAAAUCAAACAAGUAUUGGAUUUUUGUAUUUUGAUGCUGUAUGCCCAACAUAAGGCCAUGUAUUAUUUACAGCUGGAAGAUGAUAUCAUAGCUAAGAAGAGGUACUUCACAAAAAUAACAGAUUUUGUACAUAAUAUCACUUCAAAUGAUUGGUUUUAUAUUGAGUUUUCAAUACUUGGAUUCAUAGGAAAGCUGUUUCGAUCUGAGGACUUACCUGACUUUGUACGUUUUUUUUUAAUGUUCUACAAAGAUAAACCUAUAGAUUUGCUCUUGGAUGACAUUUUUCAGAUAAAGAUGUGUAAGCCAGGAGAAGCUCUUACAAAUUGUAUACAACGAAGGAAGCAAAUUCGUAUUCGGUAUAAACCUUCUCUUUUCCAGCAUGUUGGUAUACAUUCAUCCCUCCCUGGGAAAGAGCAAUAUUUGAAAGUAAGAUCACAACUGGCACACUGGAAGGGCUACCAGCAGACCUGCACUCAACUAGCCAUGCCAAAGCACACCUAUGCCCCUGGCUCAGAGAAGCAACUCAGCUGUCACACUCCUGGAAGACCCACGCCCAAGUCUUUGAGACAUCACACGCACACACAUCCAAGUGAGAAACACCUUGGCUCAUGUGCCUCUGAUGGGCCCACCCUUGGUCAGAGAAGCAGCACAGAGACAUUGCUGCUGGCAAAUCAGUCCUCAAGAUCCUGA